AUGGCGUCGGCGGCGCGGGAGGAGGGGGCCCGCGCCCAGGCGGCCGCCCAGGCCGAGGCAGUGCAGCGCCAGACGGCAGCAGAGGAGCAGCGGCGCCAGGAGGCGGAGCGCGAGGCACAGGCGGCGGCAGCGGUGGUCACGACGGCCCAGCGCCGUGCCGCGCUGGCGGAGCAGGCUCGCGAGCUGGCGGCGCGCCGAGAAGCAGAGCGUGCUGCGGUCGCAGAGGAGAAGCUGGCGCAGCAGUUCGCCUCCUCCUGCGACCUGCUGCGCACCCUGCAGUCGAAGCGUGUGGGCCAGGCGACAGCGGCCGAGUGGCAGCAGCAGAUGGGGGCCAAGCAGGCCGCACGAGCCGCAGAGCAGCAGGCCGAGCUGCAGGGGCAGCGCCAGUUCGAGCAGUACAUGCAGCGCUGGGAGGACCGGUACCAGCAGGAUGUGCGUCACAAGCGCGAGAUGCAGGCGCAGCUGGGCAGCCUGCUGGAGCAGCAGCUGGAGCUGAAGGAGGAGGUGGAGGCGGAGGAGGCGGCCACUCGGCGGCGGGAGGAGGAGCACAUCAAGGUGGCCUGGCAUCAGGCGCAGGCCGCUGCGGCUGCGGCGGCCCAGGAGGACAGGGCCCGCAGGCAGCAGGCGGCUGAGGCCACGCUGGCGGCCAACAG